UUUUUAAUCCCAACUAUUCUUUCACUACUACCCUCUCUCUCUUUCUUUGUUUCUACACACACUCUCUCUCUCAAAUCUGUUUUGAGCUCGAAUUAAUCAUAAAGUUUGAGUCUUUGUUUGUAUGCCCAGUUGGGUAUUUGAAAGGAAGCUUCAUUUGAACCCUUCAAAUGGCUGUCUAAGAUUUUCGUAUUUUGGUUCUACUGCCAGAGACACUCUGCGUUUGAAUUGGGAAUUUUAAUUAUGCUACUAACCUUGUUAACUCUCCUCUUCUUAGCUUCUCUUCUUGUUGUAGUACACUCCACAGACCCAGCGUUCAACGAUGACGUUUUGGGUUUGAUUGUCUUCAAAGCUGGCCUCACUGACCCACACUCCAAACUCACAUCAUGGAACGAAGACGACGACAAUCGCUGCAACUGGGUCGGCAUCCAAUGCGAUCCGAGGACUAAUCGGGUCUCGGAGCUCCAACUCCAUGGCUUCUCUCUUUCGGGCCAUAUCGGAAGAAGCCUCUUGCGAUUGCAGUUCCUCCGAGUCCUAUCUCUGUCCAACAACAAUUUCUCAGGAACAAUCAAUCCCAUUCUCGCCCAAUUCGAGACCUUGAGGAUCAUUGAUUUGACCCAAAACAGUCUAUCCGGGUCGAUCCCAGACGAGCUUUUUCGACAAUGCAGGUCCUUGAGAGCAAUUUCACUUGCCCAAAACAACCUCUCUGGCCAAAUCCCAGAUUCUUUGAGCUCUUGCUCAACAUUAGAAGGAGUUAAUUUUUCUUCAAAUCAGCUUUCUGGGUCAUUACCCUCUGGAAUUUGGUCUUUGAGUGGACUCAGAUCACUCGAUUUCUCCGAUAAUUUGCUGGAGGGUGUGAUUCCACUUGGAAUUGAGAGUUUAUUUGAUUUAAGAACUGUUAAUUUGAGACAAAACAAGUUCAUUGGGCAAAUACCACAGGACAUUGGUGGUUGUUUGCUAUUGAAAUCACUCGAUUUCAGUGAAAAUUCUCUCUCUGGUGGGCUUCCAGAGUCCAUGCAAAGACUUAGUUUGUGCAUUUCUUUGAACUUAAGAGGGAAUUCAUUCAAUGGUGAAGUCCCAGAUUGGAUUGGAGAUAUGAGAAGCCUCGAAAGAUUCGAUCUGUCUGCAAAUAACUUUUCGGGUCCAAUUCCAAACUCCAUAGGUGAUCUUCAAUUCUUGAAAGAACUAAAUUUGUCUGAAAAUGAGUUCACUGGAAGCUUGCCUGAAUCAUUAACUAGUUGCAUAAACCUUUUAGCAUUGGAUGUUAGCAAGAAUUCGCUUACCGGGAAUCUUCCUUCAUGGAUUUUUGAGUUGGGUUUACAGACUGUUUCUCUAACUGGAAACAAACUUACCGGAACAAUGGAGUUCCCUUCUGUUUCAUCAAUGGCAGCCUCUUUUCAAAGCCUUCAGAUAUUGGAUUUAUCUUCUAAUUCAUUAUCUGGUGAAAUUCCAUUAGUCAUUGCGAGGUUUAGUAGCUUGCGGUUCUUGAAUGUGUCCCAGAACUCUUUGAUUGGUUCUAUUCCUGCAACUAUAGGUGAAUUAAGAACAGCACAGGUUGUUGAUUUUAGUUUCAAUCAGCUAAUGGGAAGCAUUCCUUUGGAAAUUGGAGGAGCAGUUUCGCUCCAGGAACUUAGGCUGGAGCAGAACUUCCUAACGGGGAAGAUUCCAAGUGAGAUAGAGAAUUGUUCAUCCCUAACCUCUUUGGUCUUGUCAAAGAACAACUUUACUGGUCCAGUCCCUUUAGCCAUUGUAAAUCUUACUGACCUCCAGAUUGUUGAUUUGUCUUUUAACAACCUGUCUGGAACGCUACCCAAAGAGCUCACAAAUCUUUCUCACCUAGUCAUUUUUAACGUCUCUCACAAUCACCUCCAAGGUGAACUACCUGUUGGUGGCUUCUUCAACACCAUCCCUCUUUCAUCCAUCUCUGGUAAUCCCUCCUUGUGUGGUUCUGUUUUGAAUCAUUCGUGCCCUUCUGUCCAUCCCAAACCCAUUGUGCUCAAUCCCAAUUCUUCAACCAACUCCAAUGGCACUUCAUUCUCUUCAAAUCUUCAUCACAAAAGAAUCGUACUUAGCAUCUCUACCCUCAUUGCCAUUGGUGCAGCUGUUUUCAUUGCCCUCGGUGUAGUAAUCGUCACGUUCCUUAAUCUUCAAGUCCGGUCUUCUAUGUCACGUUCUGCUGCUGCUGCCUUCACAAUGUCGCGUGAUGAUGAUUUCAGUCACUCCCCUACCACUGAAUCCAACUAUGGCAAGCUUGUCAUGUUCUCUGGUGACGCUGGCUUCGUUGCUGGGGCUCAAGCACUGCUCAACAAGGAUUGUGAACUCGGGCGUGGUGGAUUUGGGGCUGUUUACCAAACAGUCCUUCAAGAUGGACGCCCAGUUGCCAUCAAGAAGCUUAACAUUUCAAGCUUGAUAAAGUCCCAAGAAGAUUUCGAAAGGGAAGUUAAGAAACUUGGAAAGAUCAGACAUUGCAAUCUUGUGGCACUUGAAGGGUAUUACUGGACUCCAUCGUUGCAGCUUCUCAUUAACGAAUAUGUCUGCAGUGGGAGUUUGUAUAAACAUCUCCACGAAGAGCAGUCGAACAACUGCCUCUCAUGGCAACAGAGAUUCAACAUAAUACUUGGGACAGCGAAAGGUUUAGCACAUUUGCACCAAGCGAAUGUGAUUCACUACAAUAUAAAGUCUACUAAUGUUCUGAUAGACAAUUUGGGGGAAGCCAAGGUGGGAGACUUCGGCCUGGCAAGGCUGCUACCUACAAUUGACCGUUGCAUAUUAAGCAGCAAGAUUCAGAGUGCACUUGGAUACAUGGCUCCUGAGUUUGCAUGUCAGACGGUGAAGAUAACUGAGAAAUGUGAUGUCUAUGGAUUCGGGGUGUUGAUUCUAGAGUUGGUGACAGGGAAGAGACCUGUGGAAUAUAUGGAGGAUGAUGUGGUGGUGCUGUGUGAUAUGGUGAGAGGAGCGUUGGAGGAAGGGAGGGUGGAGGAAUGUGUCGAUGGAGGGCUUAGUGGUAAUUUUCCAGCAGAAGAGGCAAUACCCGUUAUAAAGCUCGGUUUGAUAUGCGCAUCUCAAGUGCCAUCGAAUCGACCAGACAUGGGAGAGGUGGUCAGAAUUUUAGAGUUGAUCCAGUGUCCUUCAGAAGGAGAAUGGGUUUAGCAUGAAUUUAGCUUGUAGAGAUUGAGACCCCAAAAAAAAAAAAUUGAAGAAUGGGUUUUCCGGCGAAGAGGAAUCCAGUGUGCUUGUUUAGAUACAAGAAGAGAAAAUAUUGUUCAAGGUUCUUUCUCUUUUCAACUUUUUUGUUUUUUUUUGUUUUUUUUUUUGAUUCUUGGUCUGUAUUUCUGUUUUGUAAUUUAUUUUAUUUUUCAAAUCUUUGUUAACAGUUAUAUAUUACUGGAUUCCUUUUCACCGGGAUUGUUCUAAUGUCAUGUCUUUCUACAUAGCAGCGCAACCGAGUCUUUUGUCUUUUGGUUUUAUUUUGUUGUGCUUGUUUUAUGUUGUUGGGAAACUCAUCUGAUGAUUCAAUUCAAAUCCAAAUAUUGUUUUAUGCUGAA